CUGUAACAUAUAAAGGCUGUCAGCAGCAACUCUGGCCAGAAGCUUCACAAGCAGCACGGUUUUGUUCUUUGGGGGGUUGUAAUAAGAGACACUUCUUCACAAAGGUUCAUAUCAUCACAUAGGAGAGUGCUAUAUAUACUGGGAGAACAGUAGACUCUGUUCUUUUUUUCUUGGUAUUAUCCAGAGAUUUGCUUUCUGCUGCCCUGACUUAAAGCAAGUACCUCUGUGACCUGUCUCCUUUGGCCCCAAAAUGACAGUAAUUGCUGCAAUCAGUUGUUCCCUUUUAUUUUCUGUUCUCUGUGAAACAAGUGCAUUAGUGUUACCCAACUCCACUGACCUGUUCCUGUCAGACAAUAAUUUCACUGACAUCAAGACAGCUUUGGCAGCUCAUCUGGACUCUGCAAAAAUUCCCAAAGCCAGGCGGAAGCGCUACAUUUCUCAGAAUGAUAUGAUUGCCAUUCUUGAUUAUCAUAAUCAAGUCAGAGGCAAAGUAUUCCCACCUGCUUCCAACAUGGAAUAUAUGGUUUGGGAUGAAACUCUUGCCAAAUCUGCUGAGGCCUGGGCUGCUACAUGCAUUUGGGACCAUGGUCCUUCCUAUCUUCUGAGAUUUUUGGGCCAGAACCUGUCUGUAAGAACUGGAAGGUAUCGAUCUAUUCUCCAGCUGGUAAAGCCAUGGUAUGAUGAGGUGAAGGAUUAUGCUUUCCCUUAUCCUCAAGAUUGCAACCCUAGGUGCCCGAUGCGAUGUUAUGGACCCAUGUGCACCCAUUACACACAGAUGGUUUGGGCCACUUCCAAUCGUAUAGGCUGCGCAAUCCACACAUGCCACAAUAUGAACGUCUGGGGAUCUGUUUGGCGGCGAGCUGUUUACUUGGUGUGCAACUAUGCCCCAAAGGGGAAUUGGAUUGGAGAAGCACCAUACAAAGUUGGAGUCCCAUGUUCAGCUUGUCCUCCAAGCUAUGGAGGUUCUUGCAUCGACAAUCUUUGUUUCCCAGGAGUAACAUCAAACUACUUAUACUGGUUUAAAUAAGUUAAGGUUAACAUUAUUUUAAAGAAAACCCACAGAUGAGUAACAAGAAUCUUUUGUAUUGAAUUUUGCACAUAUUAUAUAUAGAGAGAUAUUGUAAUAAUACUCUGAUAUUUUCUUUUUGUAUGCUUUUGUAUAAUUAGCUUUCAAAGUACAGUAUAAUUUGGGAUUUAAGACUCACAUUAUCCCUUUUAGAUUAACAUUUUGUUAAAGGAGAACAAACCCAUUUUAAUCUUAGCAAGUAUAGCUUCCUGAAGAUUAGAUUAUAUUAAAAGCACAUCAGAAGAUAGAAUGUUACUUCCUUUUAAAAACAAUAGCUCUAGAAAGAGAGGGGUCAUUGUUUAAUACUGUGCUUUAAAAAUAGAGUGUGACAUGCAAAGGAACAAAUUGUCCUCACACUCCCAGUGGUUCCUCCUGUUUACACCUGUGCUUCCACCUGCAAUGUCAGCGGGACACUGAGCAGAGGAAAACAUAUGUGCAAGAGAAACUGCAGGAUAUUACCUACCUCAUGCACAGCAUCAAUUAAUUUAUGGUGUUUCAAGAGUUCAGCACAUGGCUGCUGCUAUCACAUGUCUGUGUGCAGACAGGAAUAUUGAAGAGGAUGAGGAAUCACACAGAUAAGAUGCAGUGGCUGUUAACCCACGUGCAUAAAGUCGUAUCUAGAUAGAAGGCUACAUCACUGUAAAAAUACUGGUAUAACAGCACAGCUUGAUUCUACCUUCCUGUAUUUCUGAACACAGUAUAGCUCUAUAAUGGUGCUUAGAAGGAGUAUAUUUAUUCUUUUACAGGAAGAAAUAUAUUGCUACAAAGCAAUAUCUGUCAAUACAUGACAUGCAUAAUGUUUUUUACACUAUAGGUUUACCAGUAUAUAUGUUGUCCCUCUGACUGAAAUUCAGUUGAGAAUCAGGAGGGAUCAGAUGUAAACACAGGUAGGAAGAUUUGUAAAUAAAAGACUUUAGGGAUCUUUAAAAAUUAUAUAGAUUUGUUGCAAAAAAUUCAAAUUUCUAAAGCAAUUGCCAGUGUCCAUUAAAAAUAUAUUGCACUGUUUCCUGAAAAUAUCUGUGUGCAUCAUUAAAAACCAAAUCUGCCAAAAACUUUCUGCCAAAACCUAGAUGUCCUAUGGGUAGCUAAUAGAAACAUUGAAACCAAAAUAUUAUACAGGUACUGUCCUUGAAAAACAGAUUAUUAAAAUGAAGAGAUCAAAUGUCUGCCACUGUUACUAGGUCGUUGAAAUAACCUUGAAUUUUGGCUUUACGUUACAGGGCAGAAUAUACUCCACUUUAAAUAUAGGUGUUUAAUCUGCAUGCCCUGCUACAUUUAGACCUCUGAAAUUUAUGAACUUUGAAAAGCAAUACUGAGUAGAGCAAGUGGAACAACAGAGGAUAAUUUCACUAGAGCCAUAUAUGUAUGUAUCUUUAAGUCACUAAUUCAGUUUUUUUAGGGUAUCUGAAGAACAGCCUGUAUAGUGUAUGGAAUGUAGCAGCCCCUCUCUGCACUCUGAUCCCUCAGAGAACAUCAGCAGCUGACCUAUGGCUCUUCAGAUAUAUCUGGUUAGUGACACUUCUGUAUCUGACAGGACAAGAACUAGACAGGCCUUUAGAUGUGUCUAUGUUGUAGAAGGAUAACUGUAAUAUUCUACUAACUUUUAUCCUAACAGGUACAUUAUAAACAUUUUUCCUUUUGUUUUCAAAGGAGUGUGGACUUGAACAGUACUCAAUCAGUCAAAUACUUUGACAGAGUAAAAGCCAGUCCUGUUUUGGGAGCAAAAGACAACCUCUUUGCAUUAUCUGAGUACACACUGAAGUAAAAGUGAGACAAAACUACUUAGUGGGUGACUAGCCCCUCAGCCAGCACAGUUUUUGUCAAUGAUGCAGGUGAAAAAUGCAUUUUUGUUCUGCAUAAGAAAUCUGCUAUAGAGGUUAAAGCAGUGCAUCUACCCAUUUUCAGUAUUUUUAUUUUUGAAAUACAAAUAGGAAGCAGAGCAUAAGAAAAAGUUCAGGUUAA